ACAUUUUCCACGGAAAGUACGUCAAGAAAGUUUCUUUUUGUUAUUGUUGACAAUGCUGUUUUGUUCUCGAAGAAAAUGCGUGAAUUAUUUCUGUUAUUAACGAUAUUAUUUUACACUAUGGUGCAGUGAUAUUAAAAUGUGUUUUUGUUGGAAUAACUGUAGGCGAAAUAUAUUUCCGCACUUUCGAAGACCCAACUGCGGCUCCCUUAAUAUUACGCAGGUAUUUUCGUGGCCACGCAAUGCCUCACAACUGUGAGGUGUGGUGUCCGCCAGAGCGUGUGCCAGCCUCCUCUUGGGGCACAGCAGGAUGAGUGCAGUGGAUCAAGCAGAGUUCCAUUCUAGAGGAGACCACAGUUUUAAUGAGAACUCGCCAAGGCCACCAAUUCCAGGUGAAGAGACAGAAGUACCUGAUUUGGCAGGCUCCCAGUCUCCUGGUGCCGGCCCUAGUUAUCCAUCAUGGAGCUCUGCUUUGAAGUACAGCAAAGGGGGCAGCUCCCCAGUGCUGACCCCCCGACGAUCCAGUAUUGCUUGUAACCCUUCCAAUAUAGAAGAUCCUGGUGCUCCUUUAGGUUUUGAACCAGAAGGCAGUUGUGCCAGUGGUUGUGGUGAUGGUUCCUUUAUGGAGGGGGGAGGCUCUCGGUCACCUCCCCCCUACCUCCGCUGGGCUCGUAAUCUGCACAGUUUACUUGAAGAUUCAGAGGGAGUGGAACUCUUUCGGCGUUACUUGGAACAGGAAGGGAGAGCCCAUGCUGACACCCUCGACUUCUGGUUUGCAUGUGAAGGUCUUAAAAAACAGCAAGACCCUGAAAAAAUCAAUCAGCUGGUCAAAGUUAUUCACAGACGAUUUUUCCUUAAGACACAGUUGGCAAUUCCUGAAGACAUUCGUAAGGAAGUUCAUCGGCGGAUAAAAGAAGGCAAAGAUUCUCUCGAAGGCUAUGUGUUUGAUUCUGUGCAGUCGGAAGUUGAGCGGCUCAUCAACGAGACAACGUAUCCAAAUUUUCUCAAAUCUGACAUGUACUUGCAACAUGUGCAAGUCAUGCAAAAUGGAGAACUGUCAUCUGGGUCUUCUAGUGGGAGUAGUGGAAGCAGUUCAGGUGGCAGAGAACAUUCAGGGAUGGGGUUGGGGAGUGCGCUUCCCACGCUUCAUGAAGACGCCGAACUAGUAACUAGUUGCAGUGGGGGUGGUAGCAUGGGUGGAACACCAGUCACUGGACAAACACACGACCCAUUGCCUCUUACAAGAGACAUGCUAAUGGCUACGCAAAAAAGAAGAGCAUUUGAGUUGAGGCCGAAACCUGAAGCAUAUGCAGGGAUGUAUUUGCAGCAUGCUCAUUACCAGUACCAUCCCCCCCACGCCCACCCUGCAUACUCCUCUUAUAACCCAGUAUCAAGGCAAGAUAGUGAACUGCAGUCCCUCAGCUCGGAUGCUCGGACAGAAUCUGACAACAUGUCUCUCACAGACAGCUCUGUAGAUGGCAUGUCAGUUGGGCGUAAUAGAAUGUCAAAAAAGCAAUAUAUUAGGCAAUGCAAACAAAUUAAGGAAAGUGCUAGCAUGAACAGGGAUCCUUAUAUGCAUCAUACUGUCAUACCUCGCACGCAGCGCAUUCAGAAGGAACAGAUUUAUCCUAUGAGGCCCAAUGAAUUUGCUGCUAUUCUCAUUGAAAAAUUGGAAGUCGUGAAGAAAGACCAAGAGGCUCAAGAUAAACUGGACAGAAAAUUGCAAGAGGGAGAAAUGGUUGGAGGCUGCGAUGAAAGCUGUGUUAUGGAUCCUGUGUCAGCCCCAAGAACAUUAGCAGAUGCUAUCAGAGAGAAACUGAUGGUUGAUGAUGAUAGUGAUCAAGCUAUUCUCGUCCAAAUUUAUGUGAGCUCUCUUUUAUCAGAUCAACACGUGUCACGAGUUUGGUCGGACCUCACCCCUUCAAGAUCACCAGGCUUGGUGUCACCUCGACCAAGGUCUCCUGAAGGGCGCAGACGUGCUGCAAUGGUUGCCACCGCAAUGCCUCCUGCUGUUCUUCCUCCAAAUAAAAUAAUUCAGGGUGUUGGUAUUGCCCAGCCUCCAAUCCCACCUUGCACUGCAAAUCCGUCCCAUUUCAGCAGUGGAGGUGCAAUUCACAGUGUGCCUCAUCCAUAUCUCUCCCAUUCCCGCACUUCGUAUUGCCCACGGCAUCCACGCAAAGAAAAAGAUGUGUUUUCAACAUUCUCGUCUGACUCAGGAAAUGUGCAUGAUUUUACUGAAGGCUCUGAACAUAAGCAUCACAUGCCCAAAAGCAAAUCCAUGCCUGAUUAUCAAGAAGCUCAAAAGCAAGAUGUGUACUCUCCCUUGCAAGGUUAUGAUCCUAGAUUUCGGCAAAGUAGAGAUGUAUGUAGAAGAUCAAGUAGUAAAAAGACACUUACUGAUCUUACUGAUAGUGGUGUAAGUGUAGUUUCAGACAGCACACCAGUGAUUCCAGCAAGCAGUCAGUGCAAAGACAAUAGAGUUUUGUCAUGGCUUAUGGAAAGCGAGAAGAGCGCAAGUACUUCUCAUUCACACAGUGAACGAGAUGUUGGCGCCUCCAACAAGCACAGUAAAAUGCGUUGUGCUGGGAAUAGUGCUACAUCUCCUGUUGCUCCAAGGCAUAGUCGGAAGCCUACAGUACCUUACACCAGUUCGCGCUCUGGUUCCUUGGAACGUGCUGGGGGAUGUGGAGGAGCAUGGGGGGGACCAGGGCCUGCUCAACCGUUUGUAGCAGAUCCUUCCAUGCCGCCUCUACCCAUGCCUCACACAGAUACUCAGCUGGAGGAGGCCAGGAGGCGAUUGCUGGAAGAAGAGGGCCGUGUAAAAGGAGGAAGGCAACGGUACAGUACAACAAUGAAGACCUCAGCUGUUCAUAGUCCUACAGAUUUGCCAGUGUCGGGGCAGUCAACAUUGAGGAAAGGGGGGCGAAGUGGACGAACAGGGCCUACACUGCCAGGUGAUGGAUCUGAGUUCACGACUGUUGUGUUCUCAUUCUGUGAUGAACAGUUUCCAUAUCGGACUAAGAUACCAGGGCGUUCUGUGACACUUCGGCAGUUCAAAGAAUAUCUUCCCAAGAAAGGCAGCUACAGGUUUUUCUUCAAAACGGAAUGUGAAGAUCUAGAUAUGAAGGUUAUUCAAGAAGAAAUUACUGAUGAUAAUGAUGUCCUUCCUUUGUGGGAAGGAAAAGUGAUGGCUCAGGUCAAACCAAUUGAGUGAUGUGUGACUUCAUCUGGGAUAUGUAAAUGGACUAGUUGAAGCUUGUGCCUUUUAUCAGAACUUUAAUCAGUAAGAAUAAAGUGUUCCUGUAAAUGAAAUGAACAGUGAUGUGCAUUUUUAUUCAAUUAGUACAAGAGUUAGUGACAUUGUGUGCAAAAUAUGUAAAUCACCUUUCCCACUGCUCAUCUUAUGUUCAUUUUGUUGGCUUCAUUUUCUUUUUUGUCAUCAUUUGCAGAAUAGGCUGGUCACUUCUGCUUGAAGUUGUAAGAUAGUUAUGUUGGGAAUGUCGCUGAGUGGCAGCUCAUCAUGUGAAACAUUGUAAUUAUUUACAUUAGAGUACAUUUAUUAUAAGUAAGUUAAAAUACCUCGUUUAAUGUCAAAUCACGUUUAGGUGUAUGUCUUCGUAGAAUUUGUUUCUUGUAUUUUUAAUUUAUGGUAUUUAAUUACAUUUCUCACUCCUUUUUUGCACUUCUGUAAUGUAUUUGUUUAUUUAUGAAUUGUUUUGGUGAGCCAACUUUUAUACAGAGUUGUAAUGGCUCAGAAGUAUAUUAUCUUCAAGUGGAUUUAAUAUAAAUCUGAACUUGGUGGAAAUGUGCAGUGAGAUGAGUUUUGCCUUAAAUGUACACUGUUGUAUUAAUGUGAAAGCAAUUUGUUGAAAAUAAGAUUACAUGUCUCUUUUCCCAUGCCAAAUUUUUUCUAUCUGCUUUUUAUAUUUGUCGAAGGAAAUUUAUUUAUAGCUCAUGUUUUACUUAUUGAAUCACAAAAUAUUUAUUUUUGGAGAUGAUAUUAUGUGCCUAAUUUGGUAAUAACAAAUAUUUGUAUUUGAAAUAAUGUGACUGUACUUGUAUAUAUUGGAAUACUAGUAGUUAUUAAUUUUGAAAUUUAAAAAUUUGUAUUUGCUGUUUGAUUUUUGAUUUGUCAUAGGUGACAACAGCUUUCUUGAAAAAUACAGUGGUUAAUCUAGUGGCAAGAAUAUGGAGUUAAUGGGUACAUGAAGUAUUUGUAAAUAGUAUCAUGAUCAGGAAGCACUGCUAACUGCACAAAUGGAACUUGGAGAUGGUUUUGUAUUAUCUAACUUCACCUCAAAGGCAUUUAAUUAUUUAAACUGAUGAGUUUAUUUUUACCAGUUUCAUAGAGAAGUUAUGAAAGUUACUUCCAUUAUAUUGUGUGAAUUUUCUAAAAUGGCACUUCAUAAUAUUGUAUAUGAAAUAGCAUUUAUUAACUAAUUUUCCAAAAUAUGGGAAGUUAAUUGAAAGGAUAUGUGAACAGAAUAAAUUUUUCUAUGAAACUUUAUACUUUCAACUCUUAACAGCCUCUUUGAGUAGUCGGCCUAGCUGUGGGGUAUAUUCUUUGCCUGUUUGGGUUAUUUAUUACCAGUGGAAUUGAAUCUUUCUCUAUAAAUUUGAAAUUGCUGGCUAUAUAUUUUCCUCCAUUAAUAUCCCUGAGUAGUUGUCUAACUACAAAGUAAUUGAAUCAUUACAACACAUCUUCAGUUGUGUUGGGGAAGAAAGUUUAUCUUGCCAACUUGCACCCUUUACCACAGUUUUGUUUGUUAUUUUUUGUGCCUGUUACCUUCUAAAUAUGUAGGUGUACAUUCCAGCAAUACUUAUUCUUUUCUGAGAGAAGGUAACUUUUGAAUACAAACAUUUAAUAUGUAACUUUUAAAUGUUUUGAUUGACAUAUUUGUUUAAUGUUUGCCUAAUACAUAGUAUAGUAUGUUGAAUUGCUGUUUCUGUGUAUGAUCACCAUGCAGAAUUUCUUUUGUUGCCAUGAUCUACUGUUGUUUCUACCAGGUAUAAUGUAUAUUAAGUCUACUUCUAUUUUGUUACUCAAAAACUGUACAGUAUCCUUUUAUCGUUUUACAACAUAUAUGAAAACCAUUUGCAAAA